AUGUCCACCGUCAGAAUUCAAGUUUCAGCGUGCGCUCUUUCCGCCACCGUCAACCACCUUCGUUAUCGUCCAAACUACGUCGUUUCAACGAGCCGCUUCAACAACCAUUUCAGCGUCAGACCCCUCAGAAUUUCAAUGUCUUCUGUUCCUCCUUCCGAGCCCUUGGAAAUCGCUGUCAAAGCUUCUCUCACCACACCCAACAAGCUCGGAGACUGCCCCUUUACACAAAGGGUAUUGCUGACCCUGGAGGAAAAACAUUUACCUUAUGAGACAAAAUUGGUGGAUUUAAGGAACAAACCAGAAUGGUUCCUUGAAAUCAGCCCUGAAGGUAAAGUUCCUGUAAUAAACAUUGACGGGAAGUGGGUUCCUGAUUCAGAUGUAAUCACACAAAUAUUGGAAGAGAAGUAUCCUAGCCCACCAUUGGUGACUCCACCAGAAAAGGCUACAGCUGGAUCAAAGAUCUUUUCUACAUUUAUUGGAUUUCUCAAGAGCAAAGAUCCCAAUGAUGGAACAGAACAAGCAUUACUGAAUGAACUAAACAUCUUCAAUGAUUACCUCAAGGAAAAUGGUCCUUUUAUCAACGGGAAAGACAUAUCUGCGGCUGACCUGUCACUUGGACCCAAGUUAUACCAUUUGGAGAUUGCUUUAGGGCAUUAUAAGAAAUGGACAGUACCUGAUUCACUUAACUUUUUGAAAUCUUACUUGAAGGAUAUUUUCUCGAGGGAAUCAUUCAUCAACACGCGUGCACUGACGGAGGAUGUCAUUGAAGGUUGGCGUCCUAAAGUGGAGGGUUGA